UUAACUAAUAAUAAUAAAAAACAUGUAAUUGUCAGGCAGUACAAUACUGACAUCGGACUCGAAGCGCCCGGUGAAAGAGUCAUCGGCUCCCAUUCGCAAGUGCCCGGCGACCGUGUGGAUCUAAUAAAACAAAGUGCACAAUAAAUGAAUACCCACGUAUAGAUAGCCUUCUAUCAUUUUAUAAAGUGAAAUAUUACUCUGUGAACGAUACAUAUCAGUGGUGUAGCUUCCACAAAAUGCCGAUUUGCUUAUUUUGAGACGACUGCUCCUGAAGAAAAAGGAAAAACCUUAGAACUUGCCUAUUGUCUAAGGAACUUGUAGGCGUGACUCUCCGCCAAUGAUCUGAUGAACCGAGAUUCAGAACUCUUUUAUCGCAUUGAAAUAUCGCCGAUAUUCUGGCAUUCCGUUUAUCUGAACGAAAUAAAGUACCAAACUAAUCGUUUUAUCUUCGAUACGCAGCGUUUUGAGGAUUACCGGUAGUUGUGGUCCGUCGUCCGCGUGUUGACGUCGCGAUGGCCAAGCUAGUCGUGUGGGCGUGUCUGUUGGUCGCCGUCGCGGCACAGGACGACUUAUACGAACUUAAUAUUAUACACUUCAACGACUUCCAUGCACACUUCGAAGAAAUCAGUCCCUCGGGCUCAAUAUGCAACCCCUCCGACUCCUGCAUCGGCGGCUACGCGCGACUCUACACCGCCAUCCGCGAGGCACGCGAGGCGGAGCCCGAUUCGCUGGUGCUGAACGGCGGUGACACCUUCCAGGGCACCAUCUGGUACAACUUCCUGCGGUGGAACGUGUCACAGCACUUCAUGAAUCUGCUGCCGCAUGACGCACACGUGCUGGGCAACCACGAGUUCGACCACGGGCCCGAAGGCCUGCUUCCAUACCUGGAGCGACUGAACGCACCGAUGCUCGGCGCCAACGUGAACACCACUUUCGAGCCGGAGCUGACUCCUUACUUGCGCAACCACAUCGUGCUGGAGCGCAGGGGGCGCAGGAUCGGCAUCAUUGGAGUGCUGCUUAGAGUGUUCUCAGCGCCAAUUGGAGGCGUAAUAAUGGAAGACGAGGUGGAAGCCAUCAACCGCGAGGCAGUCAUCUUGGAGGAGCAGGGCGUCGACAUCAUCAUAGUGCUGUCUCAUUGUGGCUACACUGCCGAUUUGAGAAUGGCGGCGGAGAUAUCGUCCUCCGUGGACAUCAUAGUGGGCGCUCACUCGCACACUUUGCUGUACAACGGGGACUCCCCGAGCGGCGACUCGGUGGGUGGGGAUUACCCUACGCCUGUAGUGAGGAGUGAUGGACAUCGUAUCCUGGUAGUCCAAGCGUCGUGCUACACUCGGUACCUGGGUAACAUCAAGCUGUUUAUCGAUGACGCCGGCAUCAUCCAGGGUUGGGAGGGAGUGCCUAUUUUCCUGGGAACCUCGAUCGUACAAGACCCUCAAAUGAUGGCAGAAUUAGAGCCAUGGCGCGCGGAAGUGGACGCCGUGGGUAAGGAGGUGCUGGGCCGCUUGCUGACUCCCCUCAGCCGCUCCUGCUACUCGCGGGAGUGCAACAUCGGCAGCUGGGCUUGUGACGGCUUCCUGCAUCAGCUGAUGGAGCGCGCUAAGGAUGGCUCGUGGAAUGAAGCGCACGUCUGCUUGAUCAACGCCGGCGGCCUGCGUGCGGCCAUCGAUCGCGGCGAGGUGACGACAGAGGCCCUCUUGAUGGCGAUACCGUUCGAGAACUACGUGCAGGUGUACGACCUGAAGGGGGAGCACCUGCUGGAAGCGCUGGAGUUCUCCGUGGGCGUUUCCAUGGAGCCCGGGUUCUUCUACAGCGGACGCAUGCUGCAAAUCGGAGGUCUGCGCGUCGUAUACAACGCAUCGCAGCCCGUCAACUCGCGCGUGCAGGCGGCCGCGGUGCGCUGCGUGCAGUGCGCCGUGCCGCGCUACGCGCCGCUCGACCCCGGCGCCGUCUACCGCGUCGUCACGCAGAACUACAUCGGCGACGGCGGCGGCGGCUACACGAUGCUGUCAGAAAACCGCGAGAACCUGGAGAACCUGCAUCUGGACUACAUGAUGCUGCAGGAGUACCUGCGCCACCAGGACGCCGUGCUGCGCGACCUGGACGGACGCAUCGAGAUCGUCUUUUAGAAGUUUACGACCAACUUGGCAUGUCGUCAAUAUCCUGAUAUCCGAUUUUAUACGGAGUUAAGCAAUUCACGUUAGUCAAAUAUCAUUUUAAGAUUCCAUAAUGGCUCAGUUUCAUUGGUCGAUGGGGCCCGCGUGCGGGGUGCGGGAAAUUACCAUAAAGCAUGCCAUAGGAAUUCGGGGAACUGUUUUCAUUAAUCGAUAGGGCUC